GAGGACGCCGCCGCAAGAGCGAAGGAGCAAUCGGCCUUUAUGUUUAGUUUGUAAACAGACUUUAUUUUAUCGCGAGGGCUGGGUGUGAGCGGCCAUGGGAUCACAGCAGUUCUGCCUCAAGUGGAAGAGCCACUACAGCAACCUGCUGAGUGCUCUGGACCAGCUGGUGUUCAGCGAGGCGCUCACAGACGUCACGGUGGCCUGCGAGGGCCUCAGCCUCAAAGCGCACAGGGUCGUGCUGGCCGCCUGCAGCCCUUUCUUUCAGUCGCUGUUUGUGGAGAACCAGUGCCAGCACCCGAUUGUAAUCCUGAAGGACUUCAAGUUCAGCGAGUUGCGUGCCAUUGUGGACUUCAUGUACCACGGGGAGGUGAACGUGUCGCGCGAGCACUUGUCCUCCCUGCUCAAGGCGGCCGAGGCACUUCAGGUCAAGGGCCUCACAGACCUCACUAGUGACACACCAGAGCUGGCCGACCAAAUGCCAAGUCUAACGACAUCGGAGGUGCAUCCAGCGGAGGCCGAGAGUGCGCCCAGCGCCAGCUGCGGCGCCAAGAGAUUGCUCAAGUCUGCGGCGACCAGUAAACGGAAACGGGUCAGACCGCAGCACGUGACACCACGGCAGCAGGAGUCCCAAGCUUCAAGCAACGAGGAACCGGACGGAGAGAAUUCCACGGAGGGCGAGGGGUCCUUGCCGCCCUCGGCACACGCUGGAUCGGUGGCCCACAGUCCGCCGGAGCGGGCUCGCCCACCGCGGAGGGCGGCCUCUUCCUCUGUGCUGGAGGCCCUGCUCUCAAUGAAGGAGCUCAAGUGCAGCGGCCAGGCGUCCGAGGCCCCCAGCAGCGAGCCGGAGUUUGAGCCCUCCCGGCUCCUCGAACAGGCCCUGGCCGGAGGAGACAACGGGCCGGACAGUUCAUUCCCUGACGGGGACUGUCACCAGAAGCUGUUCCCGGCAUCGUCCCAGCUCAGCUUGCUCGCCACGGCCAAGAUGCUCGAGUCCCAGUCCGGAGCCGGCCCCGCGUCUUUGCUGCCCGAGGCAGAAGGCGAUGCUUCUGCGGUGCUGGCAACCUUGGCCACGUCGGGAGAGAGUUCCUGCUCGGGCAGUGGCUCCAGCCAGAGUGCACAGUCGCUGUUUCCGGCAAGGGGCGGGCGCAACUCGGGCUGGACGGAGGACCAGAUGCAGAAGGCGCUGAGCGCCGUCUUUGCCGAAGGCAUCCCCAUGACGACGGCCGCACGGCGCUUCGGCAUCCCCAAGACCACGCUGCUCUACCGCCUCCAGAACUCCCUCAAGGGGCCCAAGACCUAGCCUGCGCCCCUUCACCACCCUCUCCCUUUUUUACACCUUCCCACUUUCUCAUUCUGCCCAGAAGGGAGUCUCGGCGUGUCGCAGCCGUUUUUGCAGUCUGGCUUUGAAAGCCCUGCGCCCCAAAGAAGGACGGCAGACGGAAUUGUAGACGGCUUUCGUUUUGCGACAAAUCCGUGUUCGAGGUCAAAUUGUGCCGAGAGGUUCUUUAAAAGGAACUGAGGAAAUAGUUACCUCCUCUUACUGUAGUCUAUUGCGACGCAAGAUUUGCGGGAGCUGCUAUGUUUCCAGCGCGUGCUCGUAGCCUUUCGUUGUGCUCAGGAGCUGCCUUGGCGGCUCCGUAGCGGAGCUUCGGUUUGCGGAUCCCCAGUUGGCGUGUUCGAAUCCCAGCCGAGGUACCAGCAAUCCCAAAGGAGGCUUAGUGCGGAGAAGGCGCUGCAUAACCGAGAUUUUGGUUGCAUGUUAGAACAUCUCGAGGCAGUCUAAAUGAAUCCUCAGUCCUUCGCUGAGGUGUGCCAGAUGACUUUGGUUGGUUUGACACGUAAAACCCCCAAAUUUUAUUUGAUUCGUUAUGUUUGGGCCAAGUGUGUGUUGUCAAGCUGUCUAAGGUGGGAUGCUUGCACUGGCAAUAGAGCUUCUAAUGGACAGCUUGAGUCGCAACGGACCAUAAAAUACGGCACAACCCUUUUUACAAACUAAUCCUGCAUGUACACCAUGCUUUGCAAUGUAAGGAAGGCAUUUAUUUGCAGUAAGAAGAGUGAGUGAUAUGCCGGAGAUAGUUUUUGGGCCCGAAAAUGUGCCCUGCAGGCGUGACAAGUGAAGUCAAUCGUACAGGCAUUCGAGGUACUAACUCGUGUAGCAAAAUCACAGAUGUAGAACUUUUUAACUUUUUUAUCUGAAUUAAUUUGGAUGUAGAGGUUCUCUGUUUUAGAUUCAAGUGGUGCCUCCGUCUCCUUAAUGGUCGGUCUCCUUCCACAAACCGCAACGAUUGAUCCUCCUUGCGUUGUUCGGUAAAGUAGACAAGCAGGCGUUUGCGUUGCUUAUCGCUAAAUUACCUCGGGUAGCACUAAAACAUUGUUGUGGGCUGUUGGGGCAGCUAGGAAAAUACUAAUGUGCGUCUCGUUUGGCUCUUGGGUAGUUUAAAGGUUUCACGAGAAUCAUACGAUGAAGGCCUUCAAAGGGAAAUGUGGUCAAAAGCUUUGCAUUUUUAUAUGUGCUUGAAAUGGGGAAGUGCCCGUGCAGAUUAGCAGACCCUUUCGUUGCGGACAACAACAAGAGGAUGCGAUACAAGUUUUAACGUAGAAUAGUUUCUUGGGCUUGCCCCACUCCACCAAAGUGUAAUGUCAAAACGUAUGUUCACUGCGGAGUUGGCAGAUUUUGUGUGCUCUAUGUACAAAGUUUGUGCACAUAAUCUGUGUACCAAGACUUUUGUCAAGCAUUACCAAACCAAGCUGCAGUUUUUAUUGAUGUACUGGCCGUCUUUAGUAGAGUACCUGUAUUUAGGAUGGACCCGAACACGGUAAAUUAACUACCAGAUCGCGACGUCGGCAGAGUAUUGACCGAGCCGUAAGAAAUAAACUGGGCUCUCUGGUUACAAGUUUCACCUCGAUAAAGUUCAGAAAAGAGUUGGGUUGCACUUUUUGUUUGGGGUGGGUCGAAACCUAACCAGUCUGAAGACAUAAUCUUGAAGUCACAAAUUGACCUUUCGCGCUUCGGACAAUUUCAGGCGUUUAUCUUUGCUCGAAUAACGCUGCUCUUGUUACGACCUUAUAUGCAUUUGUACGAUGUGGUUCAAACGCAUCGACGGUGCUCAAUUCCGGUUUCCGCUAAGCGGUUGAGUGAGGCUCAGUUAUUGUGAGGCGCGUCCGAAGUCUUAAAUACUGGGUAAAACUUAGUUUUAUCCAGAAGUGAAAAACCCCACACCCGAAUUAACGUACGGCAUUUCAUUUUGUGCCACAAUCGGCGUGGGGAGUAACAUUGCCACCCCGACGUUGGCGUUGUGACUCAAACAAUGUGGCGUACAACGUGCAACAAUUUCAUGCCGCGACGCCAUAUUUUUUUUGCGUGGGCUCGCGUCGUAAAACACAGUUCAUUUCGCACCCUUUUCUCGUCUCACUAAAAGAUGCAAAGCAAUUUGUGGGGCACUUUGAGCACUUGGAGGGAUGCCGGUGAACAUGAACCUCUUGGGAAUGCACUUUGUUUUCUUUGGCUGCUGUUGUGCUUCUGCUGCUUGCAGGAACGGUUUUGAAUGGCUGCAGAGUAUGCAGCCACAUUCUUGGGCGGUAUUUUGAUCGCCGCAGGACGUGCACGAGCAGCGCGGUUUUGGGCAAAGACGUAACGGUGGCGUCUCUACGACAAAGACCUUAUCGUCGAACAAACUGUAAUGCUCCAAGUAAGCUGGAGGUCAAACGUUUUGAAGACUACCGAACACUUGGGUUGCUUGGGAAUGACACAAAUGCGCGGUCGCGUCGUCCCCUAAGUAAUGCCAAUCUCGCGUAUAUAUUACAGUGGUGCGUGAAACAGUGCCCUUUGUUUUUCCGCCAAGCUCCUCGGAGACAAUAGUAUCCUCCAUUUGCCAGGUUAUUUUUGUCGGUUUCUUUACCAGAACUGCGCAACAUUGUUUUUAGUGCUUGUAAAGGGCAACUCUGCUCGAUUUUGCUCGUGAAGAAAACAAUGUAGUUCUCCUUCGAAUCACCCAUGAAAUCCUCAAGUCGAGCAUGACGACAUAUUUGCAUCUAAAUGUACUUUAAAUGACCAAGAAAGUUUGACACUUACAGAGUCAACGAAAUCUGAUAAAUUCGGUGGGCGACAUACGGUGCGGUGACCUGCGUCGAAGACGUUACAAUUUUUUGCUGUUCUUUGCUUUUUAAGGAAAAUCCACGGACGGUGACGGAGGCGUCCUGCUUUGCGGGACCUGCUGCCUUGUAAACGCGCCGCGGCAGCCGUCGAGAGCGCACUCUCGUUAACUUCCGACAGUCCCAGUAGCAGCUUGCUUACAAAUCUCGAUUAUGUUCCCCGAGCGACACACACACGGGCUGCAGUGGUACAGGCACUGUCAAAUGCAGGGCCUACUGUGACACGGGUCCCAGUCUGUUGCGGGUCGAGAAUACUAGCGGGAUGAGCCCCUCUUGCAAAGCUCCUUGCUCGCCACGGUUGGCGACCUCCUCCUCUCCGGCGUCCACUCUGCUAAAGUGAAAAGAGUGGGAGAUUUUGUGAGAGGAGUUUGUCCCACUUUUUCUUAACCUGCAACAGACUGUAGAGCCACUAAAUAUGCGACACCUUAAAGUAGCGACACUCCGUUCCCUGAUCGUCCCGCGGGUGCGGCCAUUUUUGUUCGCCAGUGCAGAGGGAGUAAGCACAAUUGGCGAUGGUUGCGAUGGGAAAAGGCAACUUCCGAGCUUUAGAUACGGUGGGGAAAUGUUUGGGCGACGUCGUCCUGCUCCGUCACGGACUUUUUUAACAUUUCCGGAAGGUGGAAAAGCUUUUCCUGCGAUCUUGGACAAAGCUUCAGAUUAUAGGCAAUGAGGAGCAAGAUGGCCGAAGUGUCAAGACUCUAAAGCAUAGUUUAUUUAAUGCCUCUAGUGCAGACGACACUUGCACCGUGCCUGUUAACUUGGUGGAUCACGUAACCAUUUGUAUCGAGUCGGUGUGCCCAAAUUUGGAGCCAUUGUUGCCCGUUGCUGCCAAAGAUUCUGUUGCAGUUUUCAAUCGCUUCUAAAGCUAGAUUGCAUAAGUGUUUACCUUUCCGGUAAACAAAUGAUGUAGAAGCGUUCGUUGCGAUGUCUCAACGCAAAAUUGGUCAAUAUCCCGAAAUUUUCGGAAUUAAGGGGAGUUGGUCCUUUAAAAAACCCUGAAAGAAAAAAAAAUAUAUAUAUAUUUUUUAAACAGUUUGGACGGGACACACGUGUCAAAAAAUAAAUUUUAGGGGGAAAAAAAAUUUUGAGAGCAAUAUUGACGGCACGAGAUUUAUUUCAAAUUUUGCGUGCUAAGUCCACAACGAGAUGGUCAUACCCUCUCUCCACCUCAACGCGAUGGCCAAGUUGAUUCACCUCUCCUCCCCGCACCCGAAAUGCCGAGAGAGAAAACAAGUGGAAAGGAGACGACUACCGACUAAAUCGCGUCUCGCGCCGUCAAUAUUGCUGUAAAAAACUUUUUUUCGCAUAAAAUUUGUUUUUUGAUAUGUCCCAACCAAACUGUGAAAAAAAAAAAAAUUUUUUUUUUUUUUUUAGGUUUUUUUUAAAGCAAGCGGUGGCUGGUCUACAUUACGACUAGGUCUUAAUAACCGACAUGAGAGACAUUGAAGAGAGGGAACUUUUUUUAAUUCACUUUGUAUUGUUCAUAAAUUGAGGAUGGUGCACGAUGCAGCCGGCAUAAAGUUUUCGUUUGUGUUCAGCGGUGACAGCUGGCCUCGAUUUGUCUGUUUUUGGAUUCAGUUACGGAUCCUCGAACCAAUGGCUCAAUUCAGUGAACCGCAGUGUUCAAGUUUAUUUUGUGUGCUGGACUCUCCUAAAAGGUUAUUCAGUUACUGUGCACUGCUGACAGUGCUCUAUUGACAAGACUACUGCUGCGUUGUUGCAAGACGACAAUACUGGUAUUGCGUCAUCGCAUAUAGUUCCUUCCCAAAUCGCGUGCCAAAAGUCCCGAGCUAGGCUCUGAAACCGUAACCAGAUGCAGGGAACUGUUUGUACAAUAUAGCCCAAAAAAAAAGCACCUGGUCACAGCACUUGCCUAUUGUUUAGUGUGCUUGCAAGGAUGACGGCGAAUCCGUUGGACCUGUUUCGGGGACAAGUCAUUUCGUCGACCUUUGGUUUGUUUGAAACAUAUUUGAAAACGGCGUUAGGGUGUGAUGUUGCAGGGUCGUCCGACGUUGAAAUUAUGGCCAGCUGCGAGUUUUGUCCAUCAAUAUUUGUACAACCACGUAGCUGUCGCGAACCCCAAAAUUUUUGUCUAAAUUUUAGUCGGAUGCAGUUUAUUUGUAAUUGUGUGUGCAGUACUGAUUUUUCGUCUUUUCAAAGUAUGAAACUCGCACGUGCACAGUUGGUGAGCAGUACUUGACGGUCUAAAGCCUUCAUCCACCCUGCUUGUUCGUCGUACAAAAGACUGACUGCAAACAUGCCUCAAGCUGGUUCAAAGCACAUGCGUGCGUAUGCUUCCAACACGUCUAUUGAGUUUUUGUACGACCAAUGGAUCUUCUUACAAAAAAAGAAACAUGCCUCAGACAAUGUCUGGAGCUGUCUGACAGUAGCUUUAUGGGCAUGCGAAUAAAUAAGGCGGGUGUCUUUUGAAAUUCCACUUUGGAAUAUUUCUUGCGAAACCAGCGUCGACGGAAAGACAAAGGCGCGUCCGCGAAACACGGUUCAAUGGUGUCGAGGGCGUCUGUCCUGAAAUCGGCUUCUUGUGGAUGUGCUUUUAUACUGGGUGUCUGCGAUGGUCUAGUCCCCUUUGUAGUCAGUACAGUCGAAUUACCUCGGUUGACAACCCGAUGAUUUUCUUUAAGUGAUGUGUUCGUUGCACAGUCUCAAGUUUGAGGCAUUUGAGGUGUGUGCCAUCAAAGGAUUAUAUUGCUUGUACUUAAUUUAUAAAUGCGAGCUAUUUCAUAGUGUGCUUUGUGGGGAAUUUAGUCUGCUAGAGCGUAUAUAGUUUUUUUUUGUGUCGUUUUUUUCUAUGAUCAGCGUGCUAGUCAAUAAGUUUGAGAGUAUUGAACAAUUACCAAUGUUCUGUUUCCAUUUCGUUUAGUUACGGCGUUGGAUGCGUCGACUCUUGCCAAUUCGUUGGCUUCUGUGUCAUUUUGCUCGUUGAAAAAGUUUUAAUGAAAUUGUUGAGCUUAGUCCGACAUCAUACAUUUUUAUCAAUUUAUCGCGGCAAUUGAUUCAAAGUGACAACGAUGCGGUAUUCCUUGGAUAUUUUAAUAAAAUCAACUGUUGCAGAGUGCAUUUUUUUACAUUGUCAAGCAUUUUAUAUGUGUAGAGUAAUUAAAGAAUUAUCUUUCGCAAUCCAUCA